CGUGACCAGAGGAAGGCGAGUCUCGAGACAGUAAACAACAUGGCGCGUCACGAACCUAGAGACUCUUAAAAUCUGCUCAGGGAGACAGAAGCGUUCAGCGUACCGAGGACUCCCACGUUUACAAGCUUCAUUUUUGGUAACACCGUUUUGUGAUUAUUUACCCAAGGUCUGCAGGAAGAAACCAACGCAGCAGAAGAGCUGUCAAGCGCUAUUAUCAUUUAACUGACAAUCGGUCUAUGGGCUCUCAGUCCAGUUCUGGGAUGUCCGGUCGGGGCUCUGGCAGCAACCCAGACCAGUCAGAACCAGAACCCAACCAGAAUUCCAAUCAGACGGGUCGCACGCAGGCAGAGAGGCAGUCAGGAUCUGAAGAGGACGUUGACUUGGCGCAAGUUCUGGCGUACCUACUGCGAAGGGGCCAGGUCCGCCUGGUCCAUGGAAGUGGAGCAACGGGCCUACAGCUCGUGCAGUCAUAUUCAGACUCGGAUGAGGACAGCGAUGGGGCUUGGGAUGGGCGGCUGGGACAUCGAUAUGACCCUCCAGUGGAUGCCCAACCAGACACACAGGAAGUUGACCGCAGUGAGAUCCGCACUCAGAUCCUGCUUGCCACUGCUUCAUCAGGUCUAAAGAACAGACACAGUUUCACACAUAUGCUAGCGGAGCGGGAACAGGGGCGGUGUCGGGGGUCGAGUUUCUCUCACGGAGAGUGCAGCCGAAUGCGUUCACAUUUUCUGCCCAAUCAUGUGGUAUACAAGGACACCUAUCAGCAGAAAGUCUUUUGUGGAGUCUACAGCGAUGAGGGAAACAUGUUCCUGUCUGCAUGCCAAGAUCAGAAUAUCAGGUUAUAUGACACUAGCAGGGGCUGUUUUACACUAAAGAAGACAGUGAAGGCCAGAGAUGUGGGCUGGAGCAUUCUGGAUGUGUGUUUCACCCCCGAUGCACGCUGUGUGCUCUACUCCAGUUGGUCUGACUACAUCCAUGUGUGCAGUGUAGAUGGGGACAAUGAAACACACACCGCUCUGGACCUCAAUCCUGAUGAAAGGAGGUUCUGUGUUUUCUCACUGGCAGCAUCCACCGAUGGAAAAGAAAUUUUAGGCGGUGCGAACGAUGGCUGUCUGUAUGUGUUUGAUCGUGAACAAAACAAGAGAACUCUAAAGAUCGACGCUCACGAGGAUGAUGUGAAUGCCGUGGCAUUCGCGGACAGUUCAUCACAGCUGCUGUUCUCAGGCAGCGACGAUGCUCUGUGUAAAGUGUGGGACAGGCGUACCCUCAGAGAAGACAGACCACAGCCUGUGGGUCAUCUGGCUGGACACAGGGAUGGAAUCACGUUCAUACACAGCAAGGGUGACGCUCGGUACUUGAUCAGCAACUCCAAAGAUCAAACCAUUAAGCUGUGGGACGUGAGGAAGUUUUCACCCAAAGAGGGGCUCGCAGCUUCAAGGCUCGCCGUCACACAACAGAACUGGGACUACCGCUGGCAGCAGGUUCCCCAAAGAGCACUAAAGAGGCAUAAGCUGACUGGCGACACCUCGGUGAUGACCUACCGGGGUCACGGGGUUCUGCACACGCUCAUUCGCUGCCGCUUUUCCCCUGAAUUCAGCACUGGACAGAAGUUCAUUUACACAGGCUGUUCAACAGGCAAAAUCGUCAUUUACGAUGUGUUGACGGGAUCCAUUAUUUCCAAAUUGUCCAAUCAUGAUGCAUGUGUGAGGGACGUCAGCUGGCACCCGUAUCACAACAACAUGGUCAGCAGCUCUUGGGAUGGUGCCAUCCGUCUGUGGGAACACACACAGAACCACCCUCUGGACAAUGAUCGAGAGAGGAUGAACGUGGAUAUGGUGGACAUGAAAAGCAAACGCUAUUGAUGACGUCAGGCGGUGCCAUCGCUGCAGGAAUGGAAUGAAGGAAGAGUAAAGAAAAAGCUAAUCAGAAAAGAAAGCUAAUUUUGUGCAGAGAAUUUUGUGAAAUCAUAUAUUGAUGUAGUGUUAGGCAGGCUCUUCAGGUUUUCGUUUGAUUUCACAUUAACGACACGAAAAGAUGAUACAAAUAUGUUUAAAGUAAAAGGAUCAUUUAGUUCAUGGACACGGGGCGUGCUGUGAUUUUCUCUUUUACGCCUCUUUCGGCUCAGAGAUGACCGUUUACACUUAAAUCAAAGACUUGAGGGAGUUUCACCAAUAUAAAGAACGCAUGAUUUCAGACAGGUACAAACACAACUGCUUAACACCAAUUACUGUAUGGUAACUGUUGCUUUACCCCCCCCAAAAAAAAGCAAUACUUGCAUAAAUAUAGCAAAAUAUUUUACAACUAAUGGACACGUUUCUAAAAGUGCAACAAAUUCUGGGAAUAAUAUUGUAAGAUAUUUUAUUGCUAUUAAUGUUCAGGAUUUGAUUUUGUAGUUCAUUGUAAAAAAUCUUUUCUUUGUCAAAACUCUGAAUGUGUGUUAAAAGUGUGUGUGUGUGUGUGUGUGUGUGUGUGUGUGUGGAGAUAUGGCUGUGGGUUUACAGGUAUGGGAGUGAGUUUCUUUAUGCGUGUGUGUGUGUGUGUGUGUGUGUGUGUGCGUGCAGCAGAUAUGUUUCUUUUGACACAGAGGUUUGAUUUGUGUAUGAUUUAAGUGCAUUUAGAAUUCAUUGGAACACUCACAAAAUUGUUUUACAAGAAUAAUUAAACUUAUGCACACAAA